AUGAAAGUUCUUUAUAGGAAUCUCUUGAAUCUUUAUGAUGAAACAGAGGAAGAAGUUAGCAAGGAUGGAAGAUCCUUUAGUGUCGAUUAUGUGAAGUAUGAGAUCAAAGAAAUGACAGGAGCGUACUUUGUUGAAGCUGGAUGGUGUGACAAGGGCCAUGUGCCACCUUUCAAUGAGUAUGCCGCCAAUGGACUAACCUCAAGCGGCUAUGGGGCAAUAACAGCAUCGUCAUUUGCUGGACUAAAAGCUGCAGGGAUCAAAGAAUUUGAAUGGCUAAAAAGUAGACCAAAAAUGAUUAAGGCUGGAAUGCUGGUUCUUCGUCUUAUGAAUAACGUUGUGAGCCACGAGGAUGAGCAAAAGAGGGUGCAUUGUGCUUCGGGAGUUCAAUGCUACAUGAAACAUUAUGGAGUUUCAGGAAAUGAGGCAACUAAAGAUCUUCGAAAAAUGAUUGCAAAUGCAUGGAAGGACAUCAAUGAGGAUUGCAUGAGGCCAACUGCUGUCUCCAUGUUUAUUCAACAGGUUUAUCUUAACCUUAUACGAACCACAAAUCUUAUUUACGAGCACGACGAUUCAUACACCAAUAUGUUGUCUUUGAAACCCUACGUCGUCUCACUCUUUCGUCCAGAAAAUUCCGAUGUAAGAGUAUUCGUUGGUGAUUUGGCUUCUGCAGGAUUCUGA